AGUCACUGGCUCCGCCCCCUCUCUCUCGCCCCACCCCUGCACUGGCUCCGCGUGGUUCUCUAGAGCCGCAGCUCAGACUCGGCGGUCUCCAGGCAGCUCCAGUUUGGCGUGGUUCGGCAGAGGGAACCGCAACCCCCCAAGUGGUCCGUCUGUGGCUUCUCCCCGAAAAAGAUCGAGGAACGCGGUCUGCCGGCAAAAUUGGACUCCACCGGCUUCCGACGACAAGCCAGGGACUGAGAGUCUCCGAGUCCCGAACGACAAGUGAUUGUCCCCAGGGGAAGGACAGGCCGGGGUCGCCAUCCAGACCGCCAUGGCCGCGCCCGCCCGCCGUCUGUGUCAUAUCGCUUUCCACGUGCCCGCGGGGCUGCCCCUCGCCCAGGAUCUGCAGCGCCUCUUCGGCUUCCAGCCCCUGGCGGUGCGGGAAGCAGACGGCUGGCGGCAGCUGGCUCUGCGGAGCGGGGACGCGGUCUUUUUGGUGAACGAGGGCGCGGGGUCCGGAGAGCCGCUGUACGGCCUGGACCCGCAUCAUGCGGUGUCCAGUGCCACGAACCUGUGCUUCGACGUGGCCGACGCGGGCGCCGCCGCCCGGGCGCUGGCGGCACUCGGCUGCAGCGUGCCGGUGCCCCCUGUCAGCAUUCGGGAUGAGCAGGGCGCCGCCACCUACGCCGUGGUCAGAUCGCCGGCCGGCAACCUCAGCCUGACGCUGCUGGACCGCACUGGCUUCUGCGGGCCCUUCCUGCCCGGGUUUAGGCCUGUGCCCUCCGCACCUGGCCCGGGCUGGGUCAGCCACGUGGACCACCUGACCUUGGCCUGCACCCCCAGCAGCUCCCCAAAACUGAUGCGCUGGUUCCACGACUGUCUAGGCUUUCACCACCUGCCACUGAGCCCAGGUGAGGAUCCGGAGCUGGGCCUGGAGGUGGCAGCAGAGUCCGGGCGUGGGGGGCUGAGGCUCACCGCCCUGCAGGCCCCUACGGGUAGUGCUGUCCCUACCCUCGUGCUGGCUGAGUCCCUGCUGGGGGUCACCAGCCCACAGGACCAGGUGGAGCAGUUCCUGGCCCGGAACGGGGGACCUGGACUGCAGCACGUGGGGCUAUACACACCAAAUAUCAUUGAAGCCACUGAGGGGGUGGCAGGGGCCGGGGGUCAGCUCCUGACUCCUCCUGAGGCCUACUACCAGCAGCCAGGCAAGGAGAAGCAGAUCCUGGCUGCAGGGCAUGAGCCUAGCCUGCUGGCCCGACAGGGGGUCUUGCUAGAUGGUGACAGAGGCAAGUUUCUGCUUCAGGUCUUCACCAAGUCCCUCUUUGCAGAGGACACUUUCUUCCUGGAGCUGAUUCAGAGGCAGGGGGCCACUGGAUUUGGCCAGGGCAACAUUCGGGCCCUGUGGCAGUCUGUGCAGGAGCAAGCUGCCAGGGUCCAGGAAGCCUGAGAAGGGCUGAAGCUGGGUGUAGCCGCCUGUCCUGGAGCACUGGGGAGUCCAGCACAGGGCCUGCUGGAACUCAGAGACACCCACAGAGGCCUGGAGUGAAAGGUUUUGUCUUUAGGGACCAGGUGUGGCCUCCAUCUCAUCGUGCCAGAAGUUGAAUCUCACAGGGGUCCAAAGAGAUGGGAUUUUUUUUAAAACUGUGAAACGUUUCUCAUAUUGUCUAUAUCUAACAUAUAUGCAAAGUGUAAAGA